AUGAGAAGACCUUAUAUUAUUCUAGAGUUUCCUCCCAGUCUCUCAAUCAAUCACUGGCCGAAACUCUUAUUUUUCUAUUCGGCCGACCAGUGCAUUCGUUCCUUUAUCUAUUCACUGACCGACGUUUUCACGUCGUCACUCUCUCCAUAUUUAAUCGAUCCAUAUCUAUCGAUUUAUCUAUUGUAUACUCAGAUCUAUCUAUCUAUCUAUCUAUCUAUCUAUCUAUCUAUCUAUCUAUCUAUCUAUCUAUCUAUCUAUCUCGCCUUCGUAUUUUAUCGAGCUAUCACUGUUUAUCAAUUACAUUUCAGGUUUUUCUUUUUAUCAAACAAUGAAGACAUCAAUUCAUAUUUGCUACUAAAUAUGUCUGACUUCAUUACAUUAUCUAUCUAUCUAUCUAUCUAUCUAUCUAUCUAUCUAUCUAUCCCAGUCCAUAUUUAUUUAUCUUUGUCUGUUCAUCUAUCUAUCUAUCUAUCUAUCCAUAUUUAUUUAUCUUCUAUCUGUCCAUUUUAUUUAUCUUAUCUAUCUAUCUAUCUAUCUAUCUAUCUAUCUAUCUAUCUAUCUAUCUAUCUAUCUAUCUAUCCCAGUCCAUAUUUAUUUAUCUUAGUCUGUUCAUUAUCUAUCUAUCUAUCUAUCUAUCUAUCUAUCUAUCUAUCUAUCUAUCUAUCUAUCUAUCCCUUCUUUGUAUUUUAUCAACAUAUCAUUUUUUUACCAAUUACAUUUCAUAAACGUCAAUUAUCUAUCUAUCUAUCUAUCUAUCUAUCUAUCUAUCUAUCUAUCUGUUUCAAUCUGUCCUGUCUAUUCGAAUUUAGCAGACCACCUUUACUUGCCACUCCUUCUAUCGAUAAGUUAAACAAAAUCUAUCUAUCUAUCUAUCUAUCUAUCUAUCUAUCUAUCUAUCUAUAUUUUGUCUUUUCAUAUCUGUCUAGUUAG